AUGUCGGCGACUUCAACACCAUCACCGCUGCAAGGCAUCAGUGGCCAUGUAGAUGAGGGGAACCUCCCUCAAGGCCAAUGUCGCUAUAUCCUUCUUGUUCCAGGUAUCAAAGGCCAACGCUGUGCUUGCGUGCACUUCUCUUUGAAUCGGUCUACUCCUGGUGCCAGUUGCGACUGUGGCCACAUGGCCUGCUAUCAUGUCAAAGCUCCAGAGCCAUCUUCGGCCAGACAUGAAAUUGAGCUGUUGAAGCAGCGUCUGCAGGCCUUGGAGGAUCAACUAGAUUGUGAACGGCAGGGCGGCCUCGCGAGCGUCAUCACCAGGAUGAGCGGGUUAGAAGAGCUGGUCGACAAGAGCCGUGAGGAUAUUAGCCAGGAGAUUAAAGAAUCAUACCGCAAUAUCACGAGGGUGUGGCAAUCCGUCGAACUUUUGGAACAGCAAACUUUUCAGCUACAGCGGAAUGUGGACUCCCAUACAGAGCACUUGGAAAACGUUAACAAGGAAUUACAAAACAUCAGCAACCGCCAAAUGGAACUCUUUGACGCCGAUGAGAGUAUGGAAGAGAGACUGGAACAGUUGGAAAUGGACCAGGACAUACUGGCAGCACGAGGCAAACAGCUGGGGGGUGGUACGGGAACGACGCCUCUAGUCAGCCAGGGCCCCAAUUUCCAUGCAUCGCCAACCCCUAAAUCGACUGAGCAACCCAAGGACAGGGCUCAAGGCGGUUUGGAGCACCUGCAACACCAGUCUCGCGCUUGUUCAUCGCCGGGUGCGACUAUCUUUGCUGGCAACUCAAGUAACUGUGGUGCAUGGACUGUUCAUGUCUCUUUACUCCCGACGUCAUCGCAACCCUUCCCAUUUGAAAGAGAUACCAACGCGUACAAGCGCUGCCUCUCACGUGGUCUUCAUCGGACCGUGGUGAUUGGGGGGUUUGACAAUGAUUCAUUCGUCGACGCUGUUACUAAAGCUUUCGAGGGUCUUCUAAAGGGACGGCUUUGGAUGCCUCUUCAAGCGAAACUCUGCGAUGCCGAAAGACUGCAGGGUCUCCCAAUGCUGCGACCACUUGGGCCAAAGCAUGUGCACAGCGACUAUGAUAUCGAUUUCUUGCGAGAGCACUGUGGCGUAAGUGAACCCAGUGGUAAGAUUGAGUCGCUUUACAUUGCCAUGCGUGAACACAAGCUUUCUUGGCACUUUUUACGCAACUCGCCCAAGUUUAUAGAUGGCCUUGAAAACUGCUGGGCAUAUGAUCAUUUUCUAGAUCCAAAUGAUCCAGUGGAAGACGACAAUAUAGAUGAAAAUGAUCGUCCAUCAGCCGGGGACAUUGUUCCAAGUCUCCCCUCGCUCAAAAGAGCCGCAUCGGAAAUAUCGAGGGCAAGUAAUUCGACUGCUGGGGCGGCAACAGGCGAAAGUGGUGUUUCACGGUCCAAAGCUCCUAGAACAGCCUGUCUCCCCACAGUUGUGGAGUCCUGUAGACGAUUAGAGACCGUGUAA